AUGUCAAACAUACGCUUAGGGGAUUUCCUCAAAGAUAAUGUUUUGUAUCCAAAAGGACCAGGAUUAGGUGCAGCUCAGAUUUUAAACAAUGUAAAAUCGACUUUACAUUUUGGUACUUUGUCAUCGAUCGAUUCAUGGGAAUCGAAUGCCUACUUACUGUUCAUGCCAUUAGUUUCUGAUAGUCGUCCAGAAUUCCGUGGAAACAUACUUCGAGAUUGUAUGCUACAUUUACCUAUCCCUUUAAAAAUGCCAUCUACGGUGGCAGUUGGUCUUGAUGGUGUAGAAAGUCAACGAAAGGCUGAAGAGCUUUUGGGAAGACUGAAUAAUGAAACUGAAAGUUAUCAUACAAUAAAGCGUCCUUUCAAGCCAUUGUUGUAUACGGAUUCAAGUCUUUAUUGUACUUCAAUGCCGUUCACUGAUGCAAUGGAACUUGGUAGUCCAGGUGAUGGACUUAUUAUACGCCCAUCGAAACUCGGUUUAUUCAUUUUACAUGUAAGUGGAAAUUAUCCUCCAACGUAUAGUCUAAAUUCAUUGGAACGUUGUCUAGAAACUUUUGAUUUGUAA